AGCUUGGCAAGUGGUGCAGCUUGCCUUGCUUGCAACUAAUCGCGUCUAGAACACUCGCGCUGCAGCGCAUCGAUCACCGACAGCCGUGCGGAGCAUCGAUUUUGCAAAGCAACACCUAGGAUGCGCCUGCUGACCCUGCUCCUCGCCACCACGAUGGCCACGAUGGCCGCAGCUCUCCGCAAGGUCCUCGUCACGGGCGCCAACAAGGGCAUCGGGAAAAGAAUAGCGACACGAAUUCUCACCGACGUCGAGGACAGCUUCGUUUAUUUGGGCGCGCGAGACGCGGGCCGCGGCGCCGACGCCGUGGCCGACAUAUUAGCGGAGUAUCCGCAAGCCGAGGGCCGCCUCGAGCUCCUGGAGCUCGACACGGAGUCGGACGCCUCCGUACAAGCGGCGGCGGCGAAGGUCGAUUCCUUGUGGGGCCUCUGCAAUAAUGCCGGCGUCGGGUUUGGUAGAACCAUCGCGGACACGCUCUCCCCCAAUUACUACGGUAGUAAACGCGUCUGCCAGGCGUUCCUGCCCAAGGUCGAGAGCCGGAUCUGCAACAUCGGCUCGGCGUCGGCGCCGAACUUCGUCAGCGGCCUCGGCGACGCAUCCCUCAAGGCCUUCUUCACGUCGUCGGACACGUCCCUCGAGGACCUGGAGAAGAAGCUUGAUGAGUAUUCCGCCGCGCCGGAUUACGAGGGCGUCGCCUACGGCCUCUCGAAGGCGUCUUUGCAUGUCCUGACGAUGCAGCUCCAGAAGGCGCACCCCUCGUUGUUCAUCAACACGUGCUCGCCGGGCUACGUCCUCACCGAUUUAACAGCUGGCAUGGGCGCCUCGAAGACGCCGGAGCAGUCGAACUGCCACGUCGCGCCGCUCCACAUCUUGUUCGGCGACGACGUCGCCCACGGCUGGUACUACGGGAGUGAUGCGGUCCGGUCGCCGCUCGACGUCUACCGCGGGCCCGGCGACGCGCCGUACGAGAGCGAUACUUGGUAACACAUCAC